UAAUGCCUGUCCUUGCUGAUCUGCAGGAUGAACGCUAUGCUCAGGGCCGGGGUUUUAUUACAAAAGCUGUUAAUGGCUGCCACACAUCCUCCUUAACCACUCCUGAAGAUAAGGAGCAAGCUCAGCAGACUCAUCAUGAAGACCUACUGAAUUUAAUACUGGGAGUGCUGCGCUCCUGGAAUGAUCCCCUGAUCCAUCUUGCCUCUGAAGUACAAAGAAUCAAAGAAGCUCCAGAAACCAUCCUGUGGAAGGCUGUAGAGAUUGAAGAACAAAACAAGCGUCUUCUAGAAGGAAUGGAGAAAAUAGUUGGGCGGGUUCAUUCUGGUGAGAUCGGAAAUGAAAUUUACCCUCAAUGGGAAGGCCUUCCAUCCCUGCAACUCGCGGAUGAGGACUCCAGGCUCUUUGCCUUUUACAACCUGCUGCAUUGCCUCCGCCGAGAUUCCCACAAAAUUGACAACUACCUCAAGCUUCUGAAGUGCCGUCUAAUCCACGAUGGCAAUUGUUAAGUACUCAUGGCCUGAAUCACUUGCUGAAGUCAUUCAUCAUGGAGUUCUUGUUGCUUUGCCGCUUUUCACUGCAAACUUCAUGAAUGAAGUCACACUGUACAGUAUCAGGUUCAUCAGUAACUUUCAGGCAUGUUUCUGUGAAUUUUGGCUGCAACUAUUAGCACCAUUUAUCUUAGCAUUUUAAAACGUUCUCAUUUACUUGUAUGACAAGAGUAGAC